UUGUUACUGUGCCAGAAGGUUUUGCUAAAGAUAAAAAAAAAAUUGCAUCUUUUGAUGAGUACAAAGAGGAAAAAUGCAUCCUUGGAGAUGAAAUUGAUGACAACAUUAAUGGCGAUGAAAAUAAUAACAUUGAGAAUAAUGACAACAUUAAUAAAGGCAAAAAGAAAACAUCACAAUUGCCCAUUGUUCAUGUUUGA